UAUACACGCUAUUUUAAAAUAUUCACUGUUAUCAGUACUUGCUGUAAAUACAACUUUGUAUUUAUAAAUUAAGUGAUUUCAAUUAUGUUUGAAAUAUCAACAUUUAAUGUGGAUAAACUUAUACAUACAUUUAUUCAAAAUUUUGGUUUAAAAAUCAAAUCUUCUGCUUACAACAAUUCCAACAAAGUUGCUUUUGUAUCUUAUGUAGACAGAACAUGUAAAAUCAAGCAACAGUUAUCUUGUUCAACAGCAAAAAUUAAUGAAAUUAAUAUGCAACAACAGUGGGAUUUUACUAAUGAAAAAGAUAUACAACGUUUUAUAGAGAAACAUACUAAUUUUUUUGAUAAAAUGAUUUUCUUGAAGAAUACAGGUAUAUUAACAUCUCCUUUAAAAAAUAUCAACACUAAAAUUCUUCAGAAAGUUAGAAAAAAGAAAAAAGAUCAUGAAAAUACAAAGAAAACUGAAACUAAAAUAAAGAAGAAGAGAAGUUUAUUGUCUCCUCUGUUGCACAAAGAUAAAUGUCCUAAUUUGUUUAAGUAUAAAAGAAAUAAAUAUAAAAAAACUACAGUGUGUGCAAAUUCAAACAUACUUAGUAAUGAUAUAAUUACACAUAGUGAUCAUAAAGAUAUAAAUAUUUUUAAAACAAAUAAUGAUAAUCAGAAAGAUUUUUUAAAUCACAAUUUAUCAGAUAGUAUGAUGAACAUUACAAAAAGAAAAAUAGAAACAGCUAAAAAAUUGUUAUGGUUGCAUACCAAAGAUAAAAAAUAUAUAAAAAGAAAUAUAGAAAUUAUUCUUCAUAUAUCAAAGAAAUCAAAUUAUUGUAGUAUGCAAAAUCAAAUGAAAUAUAGUCAAGUUCUUUGCCAUCAUGCAAUUUUAUGUCUGAUCGAGCCCAGCAAAAGAGCAGUUGUUUUAUUUGAAGAUGAUCUAUCAACUGUCAUUGAAAAAUAUUUAUUACAUGGGUAUAAGUAUAAUUUUGAAUCUCAAAGGUAUUUUAAUUGAAAAGAUAAAAAAACAUAAGAAUAUAUU